AUGAGGGCGCUGAGGGCCCACCAGGGGCACCUCGCUCACGCGUGGCGGUCUGUGGGGGUUCAGCUUGCAAGUGGGGGGAGCGUGGCGGUGAAAGAGGCGAUGAAAGAGGGCUGGCGGCAUUCCUCAACCACUCCUCCCUCUUCCCCCCUCGCCCCGUCUUCCCCCCACCCCCCCAUCAACCCCUCACAGCAAGCCCUGGAGUGCGGCAUGUCGCAGGGCGUGCUGCCUCUGCCCCUGGCGCCAUCGCAGCUGGCCGCCUUCCUCAACCACUCCUCCCGUGCACGCCACCUCUCCCUCUCCUCCCGCUCCCUGCUGGAUGGGGGCGGGGAGGAGGGGCAGGCGGGAAGGCACGGGGAAGGGCAGGGAGAAGAAAAGGGGGUUGGGAGCGGUGAAGGGGCGCAUAAGAAGGCAGGCAGGGGCGAGGGGAGCAGUCCUCAGCGGCGGCGGUUUGGGCUCUUCUCUCGGCCACUGAAGGGGGAGGCAAGGGCACUGCACACCAAGGAUGGGAAGUGGGGAGCAGGUGUGGGAGCGAGCAGGCAGAGCAGUGGGGAAACAAGCUCCUUCUCGCAUGCCACUGCUGGUGCCUCUGCUGGUGCAGGUGCUGCUAGCGAGGGGGAACCUGGCAGCAGUGGCGGCGGAGUGGUGAGGGGGAGGGCGAAAGCGCGCGUGGUGGCGCUGUUUGUGGCGGCGGAUAGCUUUGCGGCGUUCAAGUUCUUCAAACGCGCCUACGCCCAGUGGCCCACCGAGGACCACAGUGUGGUGGCGGUGCAUGCUGAGGUGGACGAUGACUCAGAGGAGCGCCUGCUGUCGGCCAAUCAGAUGGAGAUGCUGCGAAUCUGGCUGCUGAGCACGUGCCAGUUCAUCAUUGCCAGCCCGGCAUCAGCAGAGGGCUAUCUGGCCAGCGGCCUUGCGGGCCGCCCACCCUUCCUGCUCUCAGCCCCUCCUGCCACCACCACCACCGAGAGUCACAACGGCGACCCAGCAACAGCAGCAGUAGCGGCAGCGGCAGCAGCAACAGGAGGGGGGGGACAGGGCGGGUGCACGCGCAGCUGGUCAGCGGAGGGGUGUCACUUAAGCGCUCCGCUCUCGCUCAUAUGCUCGUCAUACCCGCGUGGGGACGGGUCGGCGGGGGUGAGGGAGCGAGGCCACGCCUCCACCGACCCGGCGCGCUGGCUGCCCUUCCUGCGCCGCUGCGCUGACCACCCGCAGGGUCUCACCCUCCUGCCCAAGCUCACUCACCCUGACCCGUGA